GGCUUCCAUUCUGCCCGCUUGUGUCAGUGACGCCGUGCUGUGACAUAUUUGACAGUUUGUUAUCGUGAUCGUGUGAUGUUUUCGUAUCGGAACUAUGGUGUAUCCCCAUGAAAAUGUGGAGUGAUUUCCAGGGCUCGGGCGGCGGGUGCGGCGCCAAGCGGCGCGCCGUCUCUCCGUGCGAAGGCGGCGGGAAAGUCGCGCGCUGGGAAGAUUCGAUAGCGAGGCUCGAGGCCGUGGCCGCCGGCGCUGGCGGCGGAGACUGCUGGAGAGAAGACGAGGAAAGGCGCGCGUGCCGCCGCCGCUGGUGCGGUGGUUGGUGCGGGGCGCACGAAACUAUACGAGCCGAGAAUGGCAAAUCCUACCUCGAGUUGGGUGCCGCCGCAGCGCGCGCCUGCUGCGAUGGUCGCGCCGCAGGACGUUGUGCAUCGCGUCGCUGUUACCGCGAACGACGCCACAAGAUGAUGAACCUCUGCGCGCUAAAACUGGCUCGCUUCCGCCAGACGGCGGAUCCGUCUUUGAGGCGGUCGGUCCUCGUCUGCAAUACCCUGCGAGGCAUCGAACGCGAAAUGGAGAGGGAGAGCGCGGAAGAAGCGCCUUUCGAGCCCGCUUGCGUAGCGAACGGUGCUGCGCGGUGCGAACUCCUCAGUGCGAGGGACCCUGCUGCGGGGCGCGCCACCCCAUUCCCGACGCCCCCGCCACCGGACCGCGAUUCAGGUUACGGCGACGAGGAGCAGCGCACCAUCGACUGGGGUUCAGUGCUGAGCUUGUCGUCGCGGUCUGCGCUGGACCCGCCCGAGGACGCGUGGCCCGACGACUGGGGCUGGAGCGAGGACAGCUUCGUGCGGCUGCUGGUGCCGACGAGUUAGUGCUCGCCGCGCGGGCCGGAGUCGCCCGCGCCGCCGCCCUGAGCGCCUGUGAUACGCCGCGGUGAAGCGGGCAGCCGCUGCCGCGCGGCAUCUAGUCGGUCCCGGACGCGGCGCCCCCGCGCCCACCGCGCGCGCAUGCGGCGCCACGCUGUACGCAGUCAGUAGUUAGUAUUAUAUAAUUGCUAAAGGGAAGGUGCUAGCUUCGGACGUGACGCAGGACUAUGACGCGAGCCGAGUUAUUUUUGAUAGUUUUAUUUUCUUUAAGUGAAUUCCAAACCGAAACUGAAGUGACUUAGCUAAAUGACGUUUUAUCGUUUAAAUUAAAAACUCGGGUGUUUGAAAUUUUUGUUGAAAUUAUUGUGUAAUUAAUUAGGUAAAAUACUAUAUUUAUUAUUUCGUUGGAAGAACGUGAUAGUUUGAAAUUAUUUCUGUCUUGAUAUUUUCAAUGUAAUGUAAUCUGAACAACGAGAUGACUAUGAUUGGGUUAUGUUUCACUUACAGAAAUCCCCUUUCGUAGAAGUGUGAUCUUUACAAAUUAAUAGAUUUAAUGAACUAGGUACCUCUUCUUUUUAAGUCACUAAUGUUACUUCCGUUGUCGAUUUAUUACAAAAUGAAACAUCAAAGAGCACACCUCUCACGAAUCAGAUUUCGUUCAGUACCUACGCCAGACGAAUAGUGUGGACAUGUGCCGCAAUUGUUGAACGCACGACAAUGUUUCCGCUAGAUGAUGUAUUGACGGUGAUGACCGUCCGAAGGUGCAGACUUAAUGUAAGUUCAUUGGAACAAUGACGAACAAAUGGCGUCAACGAGUACUUAAAAUGUAUGAACUUUCAUUAGUUUUGCAUCCACCAAAACCAGUGCGGCGACAUUGUAACUGGAUGUCAAUUAGGUAGCCUUACCAUGUGACUACGAAAGUGUCAUGUUAGCAGCAGGAAUAUGCAUGUGAAUAAUUGGAAUUUGUAACAACUGACUGGCCGCCCUUAGGCCCUUCUUGAACUGCCCUCCUUAAAUUGGAAUUGCAUAACUAUACUCACUCGAACGCCUCCUAACAAAUGUUUUUACUUAUAGCUAUUUAAGAAAUCAACGUUUUAGGCUUACAGUAAACUCAUCGAAUAAUUUAUUUCGUAAUUAACCGUGAAUCACAGUUCCUAAUAAGCAAUUAAAAUUACGGUAAUUUAUUUGCUGCAUUGAUUCUAGUUUUGUACGGAUAAUUUUGUUGGAAGGCGUCCGACCUUUACGUAUCUUAAAAAGUUAUCAAUAUAUAGAUAUUUAAUUAAAAAAAAACACAUUGGAAUUUGAAGUUAUUGAUUUACAACAAAAAUUGUAAUCAUAGAUACCAUAACCCGUCGUUUCUAAAUGAAGAGAUCUAGUCAAAACUUACGACUGAUCAUCGGUGAGAAGUGAACUCAUGGAACAGGCGAAUGAUAUGUUCUCUCAUUAGUAACAUCGGGUUGUGCGCGACGCGCGUGAAAUGAAAUGUAAAUGAAUUUGGCGGCAUUGGGAUUUGUGGUUAGGACUUUUGUGACAAGUUCAUUUUUUCCGAUAAAAGGUAAUAUGCAUCUUGAAAGUGAAAGCUCUUUAGGUUAAUUUUAAUACUACUUUUACAACUAACCACUCUCCCUUUGAAUCCUAUUAGUAAGCGCUAUACACGGAAUUGGAAAUACACGGACCAAACAUAAGUAGCACGACUUUUGAUAGAGCAAAGUACAAAUUUCAAUAAAGUAGGAUGCAUCAGUGCUCUGGCGCAUGUUUGUCCACUGUUGUCAAUUACUCAAAUAUUUGAAUUGUGAUUCGGUAGCUAAUGAGAGAAAACUCUAUGUUCUUAAAUUUAGUGUACAUAUUAUAUACGGAGAUGGGCAUUAUGGCGCGAUCACCCGCGGCCGUUGUAAAUACAUUAUUGUAAAUUAAUAAUUUUAUUGAUAUCUGUGUCGACUGUCGGUAGCAGCUCACGGCUCCGCUACACACCGUGUUGUAUUAUACAACCUCUAAUUCUGUCCAUAUAAAUUCGAGUACAUAACAGUUUAACAUGUUACAUAUUAAUGCAUUUUAAUAUAAGAUGUCACAAAAUCUAUCGCCAGUACAGAUUAAUAAGAUACACGAACAAGUUUAGUCUUAGUCGAGUUUUGAACUCGCGCACUUGAUAACUGAAUUCAGCUCAAUCUAUUUGUUUUAUGGUUUAUUUUUGCGUAGAUAUUUUUUUUGUUAAACAUGUCCGUAUGGUUGGUUGUGAUGGUUUACUUAAGUAAGUUAGCGACUCUUCGGCAAACUACUCUGUUUGACGUGUCUACCUACAUACAUAUUUAAAUACACAUUUGUACUAACGAUUUUGAGUCGUUCUCCGUCUACCUCUACGACACAGACGUAUAUUCAACUACGGUUCUAUUUAAUUUGGAGGUACUUAAUAUAUAAUAAGUUAUCUUUUUUACACAGCCAAAUAUAUUUUCUUACUGAAUUUUAAUGGAUAAACGUCUGUGCGAUUGGAGAUAUUCCGACUGCUUGCAAAUUAUGUACAAACUAUAUUUGAUCAGCUCCUUCAUCCUGUCAUUUUCAUUAUAUAAAAUUGUAGUUUGAAAUGCUCAACAUGAUUGUUUGAUUGACUUUUUUUCGGUGUUGAUCUUUUGUAUUAGGCUAUAUAAGUGGAUGCAUUAUUCUAAAACAGAUUAUAUCAAGUGUAAGGUUCAUUUAUUCUACAGACAACGAGCGCACCUGAAACUGGCACAGACACCGACAGACAUUGUUCCACACAGUCCUGCAUAUAGCCAACUUAUAGCACAGUCACAGUCCGUGUAUGUCGGCGUCUGUGCGUGUCUGUCGGCGUUUGUGCAUGUCUGUUGGCAUCUUAUUUGUCUGUGGCGCGCUUAAUACCUGUAGAUAUAAACGAACCUUAGCGUUUGUGACGUGAUUGCCAUAGCAGUUGGGCGUGCGGCUCUCGCGGCUCAGAUGUGAUAACAGCAAUAAUUAUGACAGUCUUGUUAUUAUAUUCGUCUUCUUCUCGUGGGCUCUUCCAAGAAGGGACCACGUUUUCUUCAUACGUAACUUUAAAAAUUACAUUAUUAUAAGUGUAAUAAUUGAUAUCUUAGUGUUUUCUUUUUCAUUGCCAUUGGUUACCAAAAAUGACAGGAUUUUUAUUGAAACAUUUGUGAAUAUAUUUUAGAAGAAAAUACUCUCAUUAGAAUGUAGUGAAACUAAUUUUGAAUAACUAAUGUUUGCACAUCGAAUUGUUAAUACGUUCCUCAUGUUAAAGUUAUUCGAAAUUGUUUCUCUAAUUGUCUAAUGUAAGAUAUAUAAUUGUAAUAUAUUAUUGUUUAAGCUGUUGUGUCGAAAAUAACAAGAACAGGAAUAAUUUUGUGAAACAAUGGCACAAAGAUGAACAUAAAUAUUAUAUAUAUUAUAGAAACAGAAAUGUGGCUAUAAGAGCAAUUUUUAUAAUAAAUAUUUACUGUUGAUGAAACUUGACUA